AUGCUGCUUCGACUGGGAGGUAAUGAAAAGAAGGGUUUCUUCCAGGGCUUAUUUAGAAAAAAGACUGGUGAUGGGCCUCCUGAAGACUUCAAGAACAGUAGUGCAUUGCUGGGCAAGGUUGCAGCAGCAACUAACUGGCUGACCAAACGCUUCCUGUCUACUAAAAUGCGAGGAAAUCCAGGACACCACGGCGGACAUAGAGCAAAUAGCCGAGAAGCCAGUUCCAGAGGUUAUGACCAUGGUUACCAUAAUGAUGGCUAUGAGCAUGGGGAGGAGGCUUAUGGAUACGACCACCAACAUUCAUCCCACCACAAAGGUUAUGGUGGCUAUGAUGACUAUGGUCAUUAUCAAGAUGAGGCAACUGCAUAUGGAGGCCAGACUCAAUAUGGUUACUAUGACAAUGCAGCAGGAGGAGCAGACUAUCAAGAUCUGGGUUACUAUGAGGACGAAGUACUCUAUGAGCCAAAUACACAAUAUUAUGAAGGUGGUCAUCACAAUGAGAGCAUGGGGGACUAUUAUAACCCUGCCCAAGGCUACUAUAACAACCAAGAAGGUGAUUACUAUGGAUACCAGCAACAACAGGCAACAGCAAUGUAUGGUGACGAGGGUCUGGACUACUAUGCACUAAUGGGUGCAGACCAUGUGUAUGGAGGAGAGGUAGAUGGAUUCCUUGACCCUCAGGCUCAGGGUUAUUAUGAUGCAAAUAGUCAAGGAGUUUACUACGGUGAUGGACAAGGGGGUUACUAUGAUACUGGACAGGCAGGUUAUUAUGAGAACCCUUAUGCAGCAACCAUGGGAAUGCAAGACGGACUUACACAAGACUAUCAACUUACUUAUACUGAUGCUGGUAUGCCCUACCAAGACUACAGCUCGCAGCAGGUCAUGGGAAUGCCAGUAGGAGGCCAGCAGGUCUUUGGCUAUGGAGGGCAAGGCAUGGGUCAGGUACAGGGUAUGUAUGGGGGCCAGUUUGCAGACCCUUUAGAUCAAUAUGGGGGUGGUAUUGGUGGAAUACAGGGAGGGGAGAUGACAUUUAGAGUUCCUAGGCCUCAAGUGCGCUUAUUUGGGAAAGAGCGUCUAGAUGUGCCCCUGCCCCCUCCACCUACUUUGCCACCUGAUCCAGAAUUUGAAUGUAUGUCAGAAAUCCAGUAUGAAGACCAGGUUAAUCUUGUACCAGGACAACUUGGUGGCAUGAUGCCAUUACAGCAGCAAAUAGGAAUGUCACUACAGGCCCCAAUGAUGAUGUCUCCUCAAGAACAAAUGAUGAUGUUACCUCAACAACAAACUAUGCUAGCCCCACAAGAACAAAUGAUGAUGCCCCCACAGGUAAUGUCACCACAGCCACAGGUGAUGUCACCACAGCCUCAAAUGAUGUUCCAACAAGAACAGAGUAUGCCCACCCAAAUGAUGCCAUCACCGGUGAUGUCACCACAGCAACAAAUGAUGGUACCACAGCAGCAGAUGAUGCCCCAGCAAAUGAUGCCACCACAGCAACAAAUGAUGCCCCAACAAAUGAUAUCACCACAAGAGCAGAUGAUGUCUCAACAAAUGAUGUUACCACAAGAGCAGAUGAUGCCUCAACAAAUGAUGUUAGCACAAGAUCAGAUGAUGCCUCAACAAAUGAUGUCACCACAAGAGCAGAUGAUGUUGCAGCAGCAACAAAUGAUGUCAUCACAGCAACAGAUGAUGACAGACCCAAUGAUGAUGUCACAGCAAAUGGGUUAUGGCCAAGUGCCAAUCCCUACUCCAACUGCCAUGAUGAUAAAACAAGCAAGUAUGUCUCCCCUCUCUGUACGGCGUAUGCAACCCUCUCCAACUCCAUCCCGCCGCUCUGUCAUCAUGCACUCCCCACAAAUGCAACGCCAUCCCUCUGUCAUGGCUUCCCCAGUACCUUCUCCUAUGCUUCCACAGAGACGCAGCCCAUCCCCACAACUGUCCAUGAGGGGUGGGUUCAUGAGUGCCCACAGACCCCCCUCUGUUAUGUCAAGACGAAUCUCACCUCCUCACUCUCCUAUGGCCCAUCAUAGAAUGCAACCUCAGAGAUCUCCCCUGGCUAGAGGACCCUCACCCCCUCAUUCUCCCCGUGCAUCUAUGAGGAGGCGAAGUCCACCUCCCUCACCAAGAAUGUCAAGGAGACGUUCUCCACCUUCAUCACCCCGUGCUUCCUUGAGGAGAAGAAGUCCCCCGCCCUCUGUCGCUCCCGCCCCAACACGUAGCCCAUUUGGAGGGAAAAAGACGCGCGGCCCACCCUCCCCUUCCUUCUCUCCUGGUCGUGCAUCUCCCCCUCAUUCUCCACAGCUCAGUAGAAGACCAUCUCCUUCUCCCCCCCCAUCUCGUCGCAGUUUGUCCCCUGCAGGGCCCCGGCCUGCCCCAUCAUCAUCAUCACCUACCCUCUCUCGCCGCUCAACUCGACUGCUCAGGGAACCCACACCAAUGGCCCGGCCCAGGAUGGGGGGAAAUGUUCCUUUAGGUACUGUCAGACCCUCACCUAUGGGUCUUAGAGGGCGCCCAGUGCCCCCACCCACCCAGAAUGUGCGUCCAUUUCGAGCCUCCUCCAUACGAAGCAAUAGGUCUUCUGUUCUCACAGUGGACUCUAUUCAGUCUUCACCCUUUCACUCCCCUCACAUGGUGCACCGUGCUCCCCUGGGGAGGAGAGAAUCUGGCCGAUUUCCUCCUCGCCCUGUGGCUCGUGGACGACCUCUCAUGGCCCAGCAGUCCAUAGGAAGGAUGCCCCCCGCAUCUCCACAGCCCUCCCUUAAACACAUGUCACGUCCUGUAUCCCCACGUCUCUCUCCUCGACUUUCUCCUAGGUCCUCUCCACUCCUGUCCCCUCAAGCUGUCCAUCCACCCACAUACGCACCACAAGCUUAUGUGUCUGCCCCCUAUGCAGAUGUUUAUACUCAGCAGCCGCAUCAGCUCAUUGCCCCUCCUUCUCCCAUGUUACCUGGUGCUAUGCGUAAUCAGGUUGUCCGACAGGCUUCUUUCACUUCCCAACUUGGCCCUGUGCCACCCCAGAUGGUUACCGAAUAUGUAGAACCUUAUGUUCCCUCUUCCCCUUUACUUUCUGGUGCAUUGCAAAACCAGGUAAUUCAGGAUGCAUCCUAUGUUUCCUCAUUGCAAAGACCAAUGUCCCCUUAUGAACAGCCUAUGGCCCCAUCAUCUCCCAUGCUGUCUGGGGCUUUGCAGAAUCAAACUAUUCGAGAUGCAUCUUACUAUUCUCCUUUACAAAGGCCAGUGUCCCCUUACGAACAGCCUAUGCCCCCAUCAUCUCCCAUGCUCUCUGGGGCUUUGCAGAAUCAAGCUAUACGAGAUGCAUCUUAUCAAUCUUCUUUACAAAGGCCAGUGUCGCCUUAUGAACAGCCUAUGUCCCCAUCAUCUCCCAUGCUGUCUGGGGCUCUGCAGAAUCAAGUUAUACGAGAUGCAUCUUAUCAAUCUUCUUUACAAAGGCCAAUGUCACCUUAUGAACAGCCUAUGCCCCCAUCAUCUCCCAUGCUGUCUGGGGCUCUGCAAAAUCAAGCUAUACGAGAUGCAUCUUUUCAAUCUUCUUUACAAAGGCCAAUGUCCCCUUAUGAACAGCCUAUGCCCCCAUCAUCUCCCAUGCUAAUCAAGCUAUACGAGAUGCAUCUUAUCAAUCUGCUUUACGAAGGCCGUCAUCCCCUUAUGAACAGCUUAUGCCACCAUCUUCCCCAAUGCUGUCUGGAGCUCUGCAAAACCAGGCACUGA